UCGUGACGACAUUCUACAUCCGCCUCCAGAAUUUUCGCUCGCGGUCUUGGCGCGAGACUUGUCCGGUUUGUCGCAGUUGUGUGACUGCAAGUGGAAAACAGCCGUAUAUUGUUAGAAAAGACUGUCGCCAAAUGCGCUGGAGGUUGUUUAAAAGGAGCGACUGAAACAACAUUUGGACGACCUAGAAGGUCACUUACACUGAUCCCCUGGACUUCAAGGCACCCUGAUGGUGUGUGGACUUAUUCAUGAUGAACUGUGAACUUUUGGCAACGUGCAGUGCUCUAGGUUAUCUGGAGGGAGACACCUAUCACAAGGAGGCUGAUUGCUUAGAGAGUGUGAAAGACUUGAUUCGCUAUUUACGCCAUGAAGAUGACGCCCGUGAUGUCCGGCAGCAGUUGGGUGAAAGCCAGAUUGUACAGAAUGACCUUCUGCCUAUUAUCAUUCAGCACAGACAGGACAAAGCCUUAUUUGAUGCCUGCAUCAGACUCAUGGUCAACCUCACGCAGCCUGCCAUGCUCUGUUUUGGUAAAGUCCCAGAUGACCCGGUGUUCAGGCAUCACUUUUUGCAAGUGACGUCUCAUUUGCAGGCUUAUAAGGAGGCAUUUGCCAGUGAGAGUGUGUUUUGUAUCUUGAGUGAGACAUUGUACAACCUUCUACAACUUGACUGGGAGCAGAGACAGGAAGAAGAUAACCUGCUGAUAGAGAGGAUUUUGCUGCUGGUUAGAAAUGUGCUUCAUGUACCUGCGGACCCCAGUGAAGAGAAGAAAGUGGAUGAUGACGCCAGUGUCCAUGAUCGAGUGCUGUGGGCCAUUCACAUGAGCGGCUUUGAUGACCUGAUCAAGUUCCUGGCCUCAGCACAGAGUGAGCAGCAGUGGAGUAUGCAUGUGUUGGAAAUCAUCUCCCUUAUGUUCAGAGACCAGACUCCAGAAGCUUUGGUGAGUGCCGGCCAUGCUCGUUCAGCAGAAGAGAAGAAGAAGGACUCUAAUGAGCUGGAGGCACUGAGGCAGAAGGAGCAUGCAGAGAAACAUUCUCGCACUUUACAGAGAGGGACCAGACACUCUCGCUUUGGAGGGUCUUUUGUUGUUCAAGGACUGAAGGCAAUAGGGGACAAAGAUGUGAUCUAUCACAGGAACCUUCAGAAUUUUAAAGAUUACACUCACGACAUUGGCAAAGCAGUGAGACGUGUUCCCAAGAGGCAUCGAAAGGCCCAAGAAAGUGGGGAAAAACGACGUUCGGCCUUAAAUGUUCGACUUUUCCUGCGAGAGUUUUGUGUGGACUUCUUGGAGAACUGCUACAAUCGACUCAUGUACCUCGUUAAGGAAAGUCUCAUUCGUGAGCAGACUCAGCAACAUGAUGAGACCUAUUACCUGUGGGCACUCAGCUUUUUCAUGGCUUUCAACAGAGGCAGUUGUUUCCGUGCCGACCUAGUUUCUGAGACCAUGUCAAUCCGGGCGUUUCAUUUUAUUGAGCGUAACAUUACCAACUACUAUGAGAUGCUGCUCACAGACCGCAAAGAGGCCACUUCUUGGUCCCGCAGGAUGCACUUGGCAUUAAAGGCAUAUCAAGAACUGCUGCUAACUGUGAAUGAGAUGGACAGAUCGGAGGAUGAAAGCAUCCGGCAGAGUUCCAGCGUCAUUAAAAGUAACAUAUUCUACCUGAUGGAGUACAGAGAGAUUUUCCUGACCUUGCUGAGAAAGUAUGAUGAAACCAAGCAGCCUGAGUCCUACCUCAAAGACCUGGUAGAGUCAACUCAUCUCUUCUUGCGAAUGUUAGACCGCUUCUGCAAAGGCCGCAAAAACUUGAUGGUGCAGAGGAAGAGGGUGAAGCGGAGAAAGUCUCAAGGUAAGAAAAAGGAGGCAGCUCCAGAAACUAGUCCAGAGGCCCUGGAGGAGACCUGGAAGAUUGUGGAGGAAGAGCUGAAGGGUGCAGGGUUUAAGUUGUCUGAAUCUUUAACUCAAAGCUUAGUGCCGUUUGAUGCCACGUCUGAGACUCCCCUCGAGGAUCAGCGUACUGAGGCUAUGGUGAGAGUGCAGGAUGCUCUGCUGGUUCGAAUGGGCCCAGAAGCUCUGGGGCUGCUGCGUGCCGCCAGAGAGGUGUGGCCAGAGGGAGAUGUGUUUGGUUCAGCUGAUGUGGAACCUGAAGAGGAACUGGAGCUCCUUAAGCAGAUCCUGCACGCCAAACUGCCAAGGUCAUCUCAGACUGCUGUGGUGGAGGAGGAGGAAGAGGAGGAGGAUGGGCCAGAGAUGGAAGAGGAAGAGCUGGAGUCUGUCCAGGUUUCUGAAACGGAGUUCAAAUUUCUAGACUUUAUCAAGAGAUUUGCCACCCCCGGUAUUGUUCGUCCGUACCUUCUCCUGCUGAAAUCCUAUUCAAAAAACACCCCACACACAAACCACUGCAUUGCUCGAAUGCUGCACCGCCUGGCUGUUGACCUUAAAAUGGACGCCCUGCUUUUCCAGUUGUCAGUUUUCCACAUUUUCAACAAAAUCUUAAAUGACCCUGCUGCAGCUGCUUACCAGGAACUAGUGACUCUUGGCAAAUAUUUAGUGAAGCGGUUCGUUUCACUGGCAGCACAGAACAAUAAGGCAUAUGUGGAGCUGCUGUUCUGGAAAAAUGUGGGAGCUGUACGCGAGAUGACAGAAGGCUACACCAAAGAAGAGGAAAAGAGACCAGCAUGGACUGAAGAGGAGGAAGAGGAAUUGCGCAGACUCUAUGAGGAGCACCGUGACUCUGAAGUGCCAGACAUAGUGGAGACUCUCCUGCCAUUACUAAGCAACAGCAACCGUACUCGGCGUCAGGUAGUGACGCAGCUGGUACAUAUGCGCCUGGUGGACAAUGCUAAAGAACUGAAGAAACCCAAGAAAGGUACUCGAAUUGUUCUGUGGACUGAAGAGCAGGAGCUGGAGUUGCAGAUGCUGUUUGAGGAGUAUAGAGACUCUGAUGAUGUGCUGGGUAACAUCAUGAAGAAGCUCACUGCUAAGCGGUCCCGAGCACGUGUGGUGGACAAGCUGCUCAGCAUGGGCCUGGUGUCUGAGAGACGAGAACUGUAUAAGAAGAGAAGUCGGAGUGCUCACGGGAAGAGCACUGGAAAUAUAAUGACUGAAGAAGAGUUCUUGGCUGAACUCACACAAGGCACCCAGGAUGAUCCUGUGGACAGAGAUGAUGAAUUUGAGUCUGAGGAGAGUGAGGAAGAGGACCUUGAAGAGCAGGAAAGUGAAAGAUCACUAAAUGGUGGCAGGAGGAGCCAAGGCAUGCACUCUACAGGAGAAAGGAGACCCGAUGUAGAGAACAUGGUGUAUGCUCUGCAACAGGAAGGCAUGUCUGGACCUUUGUUGUGGCUACAGAAUUGUCUGAACAAAACAGCAGAUGAUCGUGAAAAUGACGGUUUGUCCCAGCCUGUUCCACUGGCCCCGUUCACAGAGUCAAAUGAAGAAGCCAUGGAAAACAAGAGCUUCCAGCGACUGUUGCGCAAAUUGGGAAUGCGAGCACCUGCAAAUGAACAGGAGUCCUUCUGGAGAAUCCCUGCAAAGAUCAGUGUAUCUGAGCUCCGGAGUGCCGCUGCAGCUCUCAGCCCGAAGGAGGACAAACCUAAAAAUGAUGAUGAGCAAGAUGGGACCAGGAGCCCAGCAGAGGAACCCCGUGGGGAGGAAGAGGACGACGCGACGCGUGAACAGAGAGCUCAGGCCCUGAGAGCUCUGCUGCUUGCACGCAAGAGGAAACGAUUCACCGAUGAGGAUGCAGCUCCUGAGUCAGAUGCCACUCCUGUCGAUGACACAGAUGAUGUAAAUGAAAGUUCCCAGGACAACACCUCAACUAAAAGAAACAGAAGCAGAGUUUUGGAGGAUGACGAGGAGAACGAGGAAGACUCCACUACUGCAGCGGCUAUGGAUACAAAUGGCGAUGACGAUUCAGACAAGGAGGACAUCUCUGCUCCUGUGAAGAGAAGACGCGUGGUCUUAAUUGAUGAAGAGGAAGAGGAGGAUUAGAGACGGCCUUUAAUGGGCUGUAAAACUUCAGAUGGGAGAUGCAUUAAAGGUCCCGCAUGUUGCUCAGAGGUGCACGCAGCCCUCUGGAGGCCUGAAGUCCAGACAGGAAGAAACUAUUAAUGGAAUACUAAAAAAAAAAAAGUAACCCAAAAGAACAUAUGGAAAAUUAGAGCCUGUGUAAAAAGGAAAAAAAA